AUGUCGGCGGCGUGUUUACUCGCGGCGUCCCGCUCUCGCGGCCCGCCCCUCGCCCCGUUGCAGCCGCUCGCCGGCUCCCCCGUGUGCGCUGCACCACACAAUUCGUCGCAGCACUGGCCGCUCUUACCUCUCGAUAUUUGUGUUCGACGUCUGGACGGGCGUCGUGCACCGGUCCACCUGUCGCUCGCACCUAAGCAAGCAACGGUCGUCACUAGUAUCCUUUGUUUCCUCACUUCGACAUUUGUUUUGGGGCGCACGUGGACCGUUGAACGCGGCGCGGGUCCGCACACAAGCACAAGUUCUACGCCGAACGGGGAACACUGCGACCAAGGGCCGCGGAACGGUGCACAAAACGGGCUAACAGCACACGAUCGGGACGCGCGAGCCGGCACAAGUUUGGCGGGAGUCGCGGCGGCGCGGAGCUCUCGGUGGCGGGCGGCGGCGGGCACGGCCGGUGCGGAGUGGGCGCGCGCCGCGGCCGGAAUGGCGCGCGGACGGCGCGACGGGGGCGCCGCGCGCGGCCGCCGGCGGCAACUCCGCGCCGCGCUCGCACCGCGCCUCUCGAGUCUCGCGCUUGUCAACGUUCCUUGUUUUGAUUCGUCUCGUGUUCGCGGAUUCGACAUGCAACUUAGCGGCUGCGAGCGAUUAAGCGCAGAGCGGGGCCCGGCGAUGCCAAAUCAAAACACGGCCGCGCGACGUGACCUUGCAGCCGGCGUGCAGCGGCCUCGCGCUCUAGCCGUCCCGCUCGCACGCGACGGGGCGGCGUCCGCGGCCGCAACGCCCCCCGCCCGCCGCCCACCGCGCACACCCGCCGCGGCGCUUUUCCCGCGCAACGCGCUCCCGUCCGCGGCUGUUGUGCCUACUCGGCCGCGGACGGUGCGCUCCCUGUCGCCCCUUGGCCCCAAAUUCGCCCCCAAUGAGGCGUGCUACUUCGUCCAUUGUUCGACAGCGCGCUUGAUC